AUGCAGAUUUCCUCCUACAACCCAUCGACUUCCCGGGCGGCGGAUUCGAUAGCGCAGCGGGUCGCGCAGAAGGCCCGGAAGAAGGAGCCAUUCUACAAUUACGAUACCUAUCGCCUCUACCUUAGCCAGCUCGAUCGCACGAGUGCCAAGAAAAUCCGCCGAAAAGCGGGGAAACUGAUGCAAAAGCGCAUUGAGAAAGACGUUUUUGAGGACAACCCACGGGGCAAACGCAAAGCCGCGGAUUCAUCUAGAGGGGCGCGCGCGGCCAAACGAACCAAAGCCGAGGCGACCGAAAGCCCUUCCCUAUCGCUCCCGAGCCCGAAAAACGGGCAUUCAAAGGACGAUGGUCACGUCUUGGGAGCCCCAUCCACGCCUUCGCCAAAUUCAUCGCACCAAAGUCGCAAACGCAAUGCGGCAUCCCGUACGACGGAACACGAACGCGAGCUCCCCAUCAAGAAGGAGGGAACCCCAACCAAGCCGAUAAGGAGGUUGUUCACAUCCCCGUCAACUUCUUCCACCCACACGACGCGGACGAAAAAUGAGGAAACGUCGCCACUGACGAGCUUCACGGGAUCUCCAAACACCGACCUUCGGCGUCAAUCACGCCGUCGUCCAAGGGUAAACCAAGAAAAAAUUGACGUCGAGUCCACCAAUCUCGCAAAGGAACUCUAUCCCGCUAACUUCGAGCCGGGAUCGUCAAACGUUGUAAUCUCGCCGACUCAGAAGUCCACUAAGAAUUCAUUCGUGGCAGAUAAGGAAAAUCAAUAUCGGCUCCACCCUCAAAGCCAUCUUCUGCAAACACGCAAAAAAAAGCAUAGAAAAGGAUCGGUGUAA